CCCCUGCCCCCAUCUUGCUGGCCAGGUCCAUGCUGCAGGAGACAAAGAGUGAACUCAAGAAGAUGGAGGAGCAGCAGGAGAUGAGGAAUGCCAUGCUGGAGCAGAUGGUGACCGAGACGACCAACCAGAUGCAGGAGAAGCUGGGCGAGCUGGAGGAGGCAAUGGGCACCGUGCAGGAGGAGCAGGAGGAGGAGACAGAGAAGGCAGCAUGCUCCAAUUGCACCUUCGACUACAGAGUGCUUUUGGGGGAGCUCGUCCAGCGCUGUGAGAAACUCGAGGAGGAGGUGGACUCCCUGGAGUCACGGCAGACAGCUGUGAGCAAGGUGGAGAACAUCCUAAAGCAAAGAAGCCAGGACCGGCAGCUCCUGCAGCACAUGGAGGACAUUGAGGACAAGGUCAGGAAGGUUCAAGGGGACUGUGAGGAGCUCAGCUUGGUCUCAGAGAACCUCCAGAAGGACUGUGAGGAAAAGCAGAAAGCUAUUGAGAUGCUGUUCCAGUCCUUGGAGAGGCUGAAGACGGAGAAGACAGCUGAGGAGAACAUGUUGACAGCAAUGGACAUGAAGUCUGCCUUGGGUAGCAAAGUCAGUUGCACCCAGUUUGAGGCGAGCAUGGAGCGGCUGGAUCAGAGGCUGCGGAAGAUUCAGAGCCAGGUGUUGGGACAGAAUGAACACUGGAACGAACUGCAGGAGAAGCUCAGCCACAGGAUAGAAAACAAGCUGGAUCGUGGGGAGCUGAAGGCUUUCCAUGAGCAGAUGGAGGAGACCUGGAAAAAGAGCAUCAAGGAGCUCGAGACCAAGAUGGCAGAGAGUGACAGCGCUGCUGGGCUGAGGAAGCAGCUGCCAGUCCCUUUCACGUGCCUGUCCUGUGACCGCCCGGUCAAAACGCAGGUUCCUGGCCCGUAUCCUGAGACACUCCCAUAUUUUCAACCACUGCCCCCCAUCAAGGAUGCACAACACAGCCAAAGGAGAACAGCAAUCAAUGGCAGAAUCUCCCGAGUGCCACCAAUCACCAUGGACUAUCAGAGCAGCAGAAGCCCCGGGCAGCGCAUCCAGGCUUCCCCCCUGAGCAGUGGGCGGCUGCAGGGCCUCGUGGCAAUCCCCAAGAAGACUAGUGUGACCAAGCUGCUGGGCAGGAGCAGCAAAAUCCUCCAAGGCUGGGAGGACCAGCCUCUUACAAUGGACAGGGCAGAUGGUGAGCUGUGCCCUUCCACCUCACGGGACCACCGGCCAGCCACGACCCGCAGCCACGUCUCCUGGGCACCAGAGCUUGUCCUGCCACCUCUGAUCCGCUAGACAUCACCUGCCCCGAAGAAGCCGAACAGGACUGGGUGCCCAGUGCUCAAUAAGGAACGUCUUGUCAGCAGACACAGAAGUGUGUUAAAAUUACCCUCCAAAAGAUGAAUUUUUGGUUUUUAUUAGGUUAAUAAAAAACCUUCAAAAUGCA